ACAAUUUUAUUUUACUUACUUCCUCCGUUUUCUUUAAAUUGGCACGUUUCUUUAGUCACGUUUACCAACGCACAACUUCAACUAUUUAUAUCUUUAAUACCGAUAAGCAAAAAUUAUGAAAAUUUGAUAUUUUAAAAAUAUAUAUCGUGAUGAAUUUAAUAAGAUCCCGCAGGAGUACAUGACUAUAUUUUUCAUUAUGUAUAAAUCACAAAACAAGGUCAAAUGAAAGUGUGUAAGUAGCACUAAAGUAAAAAACGUGUCAACUAAAAAACGGAGGUAGAAUUUAUUUUUUCCAACCAAAAAAAAAAACUCCUUAUUUAAACGAAAUACUCCGUUUUGGCGCCAACCAUGAUUCAUUCUCCACAACAACAUUGAGAAGCUGGUGCCUGAAAACAGAGAAAAACGGCAAAGAUUAAAACCCUUAGUUUCGAACAUUAUCAUUUAUUCUUCAACAAUCCUUUAAUUUCUUCAUCUUUCAACUUCGACCAACUCAAUCACAUUCUUUACAUUCAUGGAUUCUAUAGACUUACUCGCCGAAAUCGCCGUAAGGAGAUGAUUUUGGAAGCAUUGGAUGCAAUUGAUGAGUUCAUUAAUCCUCAUCGUUCAACUUUGAAUGAAACCCAGAUUUCUACCAACAAUGAUGUUUGUCUUAGUAUUGAUCAAGUUACUGCUGAUCUUGAUGCCCUUCAAUGGCAUGAUUUCAACGAUGACGACGACAAUGACGAUGACAAUGAAGGUGGAAAUAUGGAGAUAGUUGAGUACAAGAGGAAGAGGAAAGAGUUUAACCCAGUUCAUUUGAAGAAGCCCAGGUCUAAGAUUAAGACCCACAAGAGGAACAAUAUCAGUCGCAGAGAUCAAGAUAGAAAAGCUUGGGGAGCUUGUUGGAGUAGUCCGAGGGUGCAUAAAAGAAGUGGGGUUUGGUCUCAGGAGAUCAAAUUUGAAGAUGGGAUACAUACUUGGCCUUCAAGUCUCUCCAAGACACUGGCAUAUGGGAAUUGGACUCAACCUGAUGAAUGCAAUUGAAGAAUGGCUCGCAAAUUAUGGUGCAGAGUAUGUAUACCUAGCUACCGAGGAGAGCAAUGUUGCUUCUAGAAAUCUGUUUACCCUAAAAAUGCCACUAGUAUUGAUUUCUAUGCUUAUAUAUGUUCUUAUGGAAAUAUAAAUAUAGAGAAGUUGCACGUCAGCCAAGCUGUUUCUGUUAUAAAAUCGGCUCAAAAUGCAAAGACUUUUAUCCAAAUGAUACUGAAAUAAUCUUUAGUGGUAAUCCAAGCCUCGGAAGAUGGGCAUGUUAUUUCAUAAUUUCAAUGAUGAGGGUUGGGAAGGUCUGCAUAUCAAGGAUCACAAUACAGACACUACAGAGCCGAGGUCCUGGAUAAUUUUCAGCAUAUGGAAUAGCCGUGAGGUUUACAAGCUUCAAAUUCAAAGGUGUAGUCAUCAAUUUCAGUCCUUUCUAUAUGCAGCCUUAAGCCAUGCUCUUGAAUUCUAGACAAGAGGCUAGGAUUUAGUUCAUAUUUUAAUGCCAUAGGCCAUGUCUCUUAUUAUUGGACCUUCCAGUUAGUUACACUGUCAUUGCCAGAAAGUUGCUAUUGAAUGAAUUGAUCCAUUACAAACUCUAUCUUAUUUUAUUUGGUUUUUUUUUUUUUUUUGUCUGUUUGGACUGACUUAGCUUAGAUUUAAAUCUAUACU